GGGAUCAGCAGAAAUCAUCAGCAUGGGCAUCCGAGGCCUGACGUCGUACUGCCACGCCAACCAAGCCGACUGCGGCGACGCCGACGUGGACCUAAGUGGGCAGACGCUGGCCGUCGACCUCGACUCGUUCCUGCACUACGCGUGCGAGCAAGUCUCCAAGCAGUUUGCGCCCUUUGAUGCGAGCUGGGUGCUCCUCGGCGGCGACCAGCGCGCGCUAUACCUCUGGGUCCAGGACUGGAUGAAGAAGUUCUUCCGCGCCAAGAUCCGCCUCAAGUUUGUACGCGACCCGCCCGGCCGCUUGAACUCGAUCAAGGACGUGACCCACGAGAAGCGUGCGGACGAGCGCGCCGAGAAGAGCGCGAUCGUUCGCGACGGUAUCUUUGCGCCGGCGCCCGAGGUGCCCGAGACCAAUGCCGAGGUGGACCCGACGACGAUCCGCGUCGACGAGAGCUCGGCCGCCGCCAAGAUCGCCGUCGAAGCCCACGCUGUGUUUCCCCUUGCCCGUGCCACUGUGGUGCGUUGCAUUCAACAUGCGGGCUGCUCGCUAAUUACGACGAGCGUCGAGGCCGACGAAGCCCUCGGCAAGAUGGUGCGGGACGGCCUCGCCUUUGCCGUGCUCUCCCAAGACUCGGACUACCUCCUCAUGCAAAACGUCUCGUACAUUCCCUUCCCGAAUAUCAUCUUCAAGGAGGACGAGACCGUGACAGCCUUUGUCUACCGCGCGACAAAGGUAGCCGACUGCCUCGGCGUCGCGCCCACCAAGCUCAUCGAGGUCGCGCUCGCAUGCGGCAACGACUUUACCCCGUACCUCGAGCGCCAUUUCGACUUUGCGUCGCUUCUCAACUUGCCGUCGCUCCGCCGUGCAAACGGGCACCUUGGCGUGCAGGCCAGCGUCGAGUGGCUUGGGAGCCAAUUUGGCGAGACCAACUGGCUGGACGACCCGUCGUUUCAGCUGUUUCUGAGGAGCAACGCGUCCGCACUCAGCUACGUCUAUGCGAUCUACAGCUUUUACGGCGCCGACGACCAGUUCCUGUCGCGGUACCCGACUGCAAACCGGCUGUCGUGCCUCCCGCCCGCCGAGUGGAAGAAGGCCAUCAAGCUCCUCGACAAGCAAUCGUACCCGAACUUUGCCCUCGACGUGCUCUACUGCCAAGAGCGCCAUUUGAGCGCGCGGUUUGCCGCCCUCGAGUCGCACCCGAUCGCAAUCGAGGCCAACUGCCUUGUGUACCACGCGCUCGGACAAACCCAACCGGUUGUCGAGAUCCUUGCCGACGGCAGCACGCGCAGCAUGACGCCGCGUAGCAGCGACGGCAAAGCCCCGAUCCCGAUCCACCGGCUCUUGGCCGUUGGGAAAGAGGCGCGGGCGGCUGCGUUUCAGCGCAACGUGGUGUUUCUUCUGGCCCAACACCCGGCGCUCCAGUCGCGCCUCCAGGCUUGGAAGGGCGCCAAGACCCACUACGAGCUCCAAGUGGUGGCCAAUGCAAUGUCGCUGCUCGUGCCGACGCUCCACGAGCGCCUCCACGCGUACGUGCUGCCGCUGCUCUUGACGGCUGCCGUGUGCAAGACGAUGCAGAAGCACACGACGAUUGUGCCGCUCGCAACCGUUGCGAAUGCGGCCGAGAUGGACGCCUCGGUCGUCUUCCGCUACUGGAUCGACUGGCAGCUGCAUCACCUCAAGAUCUUUGGCUUGUCGCCGCGCCUCAACGAACACGCCUUCUUCUCGGCUGGUGUCUUUUCGACAAUCCUGUCGCUGGUGACGCCCCAAGUCUACUCGAAGAACCACGUGAACGCGGUCGCGCGACACUUUUUCGGGGACGACGCCACUUCGCUCCAGCUCUGUUCGUGGUCAUACUGGAUGCUGGCGCCGCUCUUUGAAGAGUACCAGCCGCCGCCGCUGCCGCUGCUUGCUCCGAAAGGCGCGCUAUUGCCGUCGGUGCUGGCCAAGCGCCUUCGCCGCCCCAAGACGACAAGCUCUACUGCGCCAUCCACUGCGUCGCUCACGACGCAGCUCGAGCAGCUGCAGUUGAACCCGCCGAUGCCACCGCCGUUGCCGCUUCAGCCCCGCGCGCCGCUGCCGCCACGCGAGCCGGUGCACAUUGAAAAGCUCAUUUUCACACUGCCCGUGUUUGCGCAUAAGGACGAACUUCUCAACAAUGUGGCCAAGAACCCGCUGACGAUCAUCCAAGGCGAGACGGGCUGCGGCAAGAGCACGUCGGUGCCGCAGUUUAUCUUGGACGAAGACCCGACCGUCAACAUGUACAUUACGCAGCCCCGGCGUGUGGCCGCGAUUACGCUGGCAUCGACGGUCGCCAAGAUGCGCGGCGAAGACGUCGGCAACACGAUCGGGUACCGCGUCGGACAGUUCCAGCGCGACUCGAAGGCGACGCGCAUCACGUACGCGACGACGGGCUACAUGCUCGAGCGCAUCAUCCACUCGCCCGAAUCGAUUGCGCAAGUGACGCACCUCGUGCUCGACGAAGCGCACGAGCGCAGCAUGGACAUGGACCUCCUUUUGCUCAUGAUCAAGACCAACUGGCACCUCUGGCCCAACCUCAAGCUCAUUAUCAUGUCGGCCACCAUGGACGCGGCCAUCUUCUUUAAGUACUUCAAGGAAGGCCUUCCCUCGCCGCUUGCGUGGAAGAAGCCGCUGUUUGUCGGCUCGGCGCUCUACGAUGUGACGGCCAUUUACAUGGACGAGGUCCACAAGCACAUUCCUGGCAUCGCCGAGAUUGCUACGCUGGCCAAGAAGCUCACGACGCAGCUCGCGGGCUGGAAGAAGACCGACUUGGACCCUGAAAUCAUGGGCAAGAAGAUCACGCAGGUCGUCCCGAUCCAGCUCGAUCUGUGCGUCGCCCUCGCGCUCCACAUCACCAAGACGGUCGUCGACCCGUCGUGCAUUCUCAUCUUCCUCCCGGGCAUCUCGGACAUUCAGUAUGUCCACGAGCAGCUUGAGAAGAUGCGCGAUAUCCAGCUGUUUGUGCUGCACAGCGAGCUCGACAUUGAGGACCAAGAGAAGGCCUUUGCCCCGGUGGACGGCAAGGUCAAGAUCAUCCUCUCGACCAACAUUGCCGAGAGCAGUGUGACGAUCCCGGACGUGACGCACAUUAUCAACUCUGGCAUGGAGAAGCAGAUCAUGAUGCCGACGACGGGCCACAUGGAAGUCCUUGUCCGCUCGUGGUGCUCGCAGGCGUCGGUCAAGCAGCGCUCGGGCCGCGCGGGCCGCAUUCGCCCGGGUACGGCGUACCACUUGUUCACAAAGUCGUUUAUGAACGAGUGCAUGGCUGCGUACACGACGCCCGAGCUGCUCCGGAAGCCGCUCGACAAGAUUGUGCUCCAGCUCAAAGCGCAGCUCGCCCACAUUGACACACCGACGAACCUCCUCAAGAAUGCGAUGAGCGUCCCGAACCUCAACAACAUUACCGGCGCCUACAAGGUGCUGCACGACAUGGCGGCCGUCACGGAAGCCAACGAGACGACCACGAACGCCAUCACGCCCUUUGGCGUCUUUUGCACCAACUUUCCGCUCGACGUGCGUCUCUGCCGCCUCCUCAUGUACGGCCUCAGCGCCUACGACCUCGGCAUGCAGCACGGCCUCGUCGAUGUGAUCAUUCUCGCCAGCAUCCUCGCGUCGCCCGAUCUGCACGUAGCGCCGUCCCGCUUUCACAUUACGAGCGCGGGCAAGUACAUGGCCGAGAUGAAGCAUGCACUCGAGGGCAAACUCUCGCUGCAGAAGGAGGAAGACGACGACCAGCCGCUGUGGAGCGAGCCGCUCGCUAUGUGGCGCCUCGUCACGCGCUGCCUGGCGCUGAAGUCGAAAAGCGCGGUGCAGCAUUUGUUGCGCAAGCACGCGAUUGCGACACGCCGCUUCCAGACGAUGUGUGUGCUCAUGGGCGACGUGUGCCUCCGCUUUGUGCGGCUUGCCAAGCGCCAGGACUUUGCCCACUCGCGCGCGCUGCAACCCUCGGUGUUGCGCUCGGUCAUGGCGCUCGAGAAGUUUUGCAACAAGGGGUUUUGCCCCGACUGGAAGCACCAGCACACGCCCGUGCCCAUGCUGCGUCUCGUGCUCCUGCUCAACUACACGGACAGCCUGGUGGCCGGGAGCUUGCCGACCCCGGGUGCGAAGGCCAAGAAGGGAUCGCCCAAGCCCAAGACGGGCCCGGUCCACGCCACGCUCACGAUCGACGAAGAGAGCAAGUGGGCCAAAGGUGUCCCUCGGGAUGACCUGCUGCGCACGCUGGGGCCCAUCACCCGCGACGCGGCGAGCGAGAUUCAUUCGCUCAAGGUCGAUGCGAAGAGCCUCACCAUCCUCUUUGCGACGACGACCAACAAUGACGAAGAAGACGCCAACCCCUUUAACGGGCUUCCGUUUGGCCUCUCGCUGCUGCACUUUAUGCGCGACCGAUCGUUCCCGAUCGACGUGUCGACUCUGCCGCUCUGGGAGCCAAGUCCCGGGUCGUUUGACUCGAUCCGCCUUCGCAUGCCCCAGCGCCAAGUCGUCGGCUGCAGUUUGAUUGCGUGGAAGCAGCUCCUGUCGGGCAUCAAGGUCAACUGCUCGGGGCGCAACCCGAUGGGCCUCCCCUUCAAGUACCUCAACAAGGACAACACGGUGCACGGUAUCUUUUCCGAGCAGCUCUUGACGGGCGAUGGAUCGAUGAUGCUCGGCGGCAAGUGCACGCUCCUGCCGCCGGCGGUCGACAGUUACCUUGCGAUUCUGAUGCUGCUCUCGGCAAAGCGCAGCGUGUGGUUCCUUAUGGACAAGACGGGGCUUCUUUGCGUAGCGCUCAAGGUCGACGGUCACAACUACUUGCUGCCCGAAGGUGUCGCGCUCCCUAUUCGAUCGGUCAUGGCGACCGUCAACUGGAUCCGGAAGGACCUCUCGCACGGCCUCACCAAGCCGCUGCGAUCAAUGAACGAGCCAUCGACCAGCCUCAGUGGCCCCGAGAUGGACGCGCUCUUUUCGACGACCAAGACCAAGGGCAAGAAAUGGGACUGGGUCCAAAUGGAGCUCGAGGCCGCGUACUUUGAGCCGUUUCCGCAAAUCAUGCUCGACGAGGAUUAGGGUCGCCACGUCGCUGCGUUGCUCUUGACAUUUCAUUUUAUACAAACCUUUCUGGGUGCUUCCUUUCGAUCAUCUCGAACUCAGGACCUGUCGAGCAUAACGCUUCAGUCGAUAAGAC